UAAAGAAUCCUUGAGCAAUAAAGACCUUGAUUCAAACCGGUUUGUCGAAUACAAAACAAGCAGGAAAGUGGAUCGUAAAGGCCAGGAGAAUUUUUUGAGAAGAUCAAAAAUGAAGAGCUGGUGGACCCAAAGCUUCAUAGUCGGAAUAAAGGAGGUGGUGGUAGGAUGGCGGGAUGAUGCUGGUAUAAUAGAACACGUGGAAACUAUCCCUGUCUCCUCUCUACCACAGAGUGGUAUGGAUUGGAAACCGAAUGUCUGUGCAAACUUCCUCUUGUUGUUUACCUCCUUCGUUCAGAAGGAUCUUCUUCGGGAUUCAGAAGACCAGGUGUAUAAUGUGAACUGGGAUCCCAGGAAUGGAUUCAGAGUUGAGAAAGAUUCUGAUCAGUUUCUCCCAUCCUGGUUCCUAGCAGAGUUCAAAUAGGACUAGGAGAACAGAUUCUCCCAUCCUGGUUCCUUGGAUAGUUCAAAUAGGACUAGGAGAACAGAUUCUCCCAUCCUGGCUCCUUGGAUAGUUCAAAUAGGACUAGGAGAACAGUUUCUCUCAUUCUGGUUCCUUGCAGAGUUCAAAGAGGACUAGGAGAUCGUGAUUUAUAAUCAAGCAUUAUUUUUAAUCUAAUGCACAUUAUUAAUCAAAGAUCUUAUAUACUCAUUUUUUUAUUUAUGCAUGAAAAUUUUUUCCUGAUUAUUUGAAUAAACCACAUUUUCCGUGAAUAGAAUUAAGUGGUUGUCUGCAUAAAGAGGAUAUUUCUUGACCUUUGUAUUUUUUCAAUGUAAAUUUUGUAUUUUGAUAUUACUUAAUGUGCCUUAUGCCUUAUAUUUGUAUAUUUUCAGAUAACUGUUCUCAAAAAUGCAGUUUCCAUCCUGGAAACCUCAUGAUUUGGAUAAAGAUUUUCCUCAGUUUGCCCAGCCAGUAAUUGUGGGGGAAUUUUCUGUGAAUGGGUUGCGGGAUAUCUGUCCUGACCGGAGCCAGCUCCAGGUAUACAAACCAGUACCACACAACACCCAGAGAAUUAGGUUUGAUCUGAAUGCGGGAUUGAAUGACAGAACACAAAGAAUUCAGCAGUUUGAAGGACUGGACAAUAUGUUGAAAUGGAUUCUCCUACAAAGAAAAGAGUCAAGAGAAACUAAACAAGAGAUUAACUCAAACUUUAUCUGCUACAGAGGAGUUCUUCGUCUUAUUAUGAACACACCUUACGAACAGAGAGAAGGCUGGAUAAUCAAAGUUGUCAGGUUCAAGGGAACUGUUUAUAUGAUGCAGAUUGAUACGGAAGAACAAAAAGAAAAGAAAAAAUGGACUACGGAGAAAGAAAAGACAUUUUGUGCCUGGGGUUAUAAGUUUGAACAGUAUAUGAGUGUACAGGAAAAAUCUGCGGUUGUAAAUGAAAAUGAAGAGUUUUGUUGUAUGUUUAGAUCGAAGAUUGGGAAAUAUUCCUUCUUGUUUGGAGCAGAGAUGGACGGAUAUAAGGCUCAGGAUAAACAAUCCAUUGGUAAACUGGUUCCAAACCGGUUUGUUGAAUUCAAAACAAGUCGGAGAGUGGAGAAUGAAAGACAGGAUAGAACUUUAAGAAAGUUUAAGAUGAUAAAAUGGUGGGCUCAAUGUUUUCUAGUUGGUAUUGAGGAGGUGGUUGUUGGUUGGAGAGACGAUGCUGGUAUAGUAGAACAAGUAGAAACUCUCCCUGUCUCCUCUCUACCUAAGCGUGGUAUGGAGUGGAGAGCGAAUGUGUGUGCUAACUUCCUCCUAGAGUUCAUCACGUUCAUUCAACAGAAUUUACUCCGUGAUUCUUCCGACCAGGUGUAUAAUGUGAGUUGGGAUCCAAGGAGUGGGUUCAAGGUUCAACAAGAUUCAGAGCAAUUUUUCCCACCUUGGUUCCUAGCAGAGUUCAAAUAGGACUAGGAGAACAGUUUCUCCCAUCCUGGUUCCUAGCAGAGUUCAAAUAGAACUAGGAGAACAGUUUCUCCCAUCCUGGUUUCUAGCAGAGUUCAAAUAGGACUAGGAGAACAGUUUCUCCCAUCCUGGUUUCUAGCAGAGUUCAAAUAGGACUAGGAGAACAGAGUUCUGAAUUUUGAUCAACUACGAGUAGGACUAGAAGAUGUACCUGAAAGAACCUUUUUUUACAUUUUGUAACUUUUUUUUUAAUACAGGACUGAGAGAUAUUUAACUUUCUUAAUGCCUCAGACAAAAUAUUAUAUUAAAUUCCCAUAUGAAACCUAUUUCAUACGCUGUUCGAAUAAAUGUAUUUUGUAAA